GGGAAGGAGCAAAGGUCGAUAUAAGGGAUGAAGAGGGCUUGGGGACUCCACAGUGCUCUGGAGUUUCAAAUCCUCGCGCCUCCUCCUUCUUGAAUUCGUGCCCUCUCGCUGCGCCCUCUUCCUCGCUAUGAGUCUCGCUACCCGCAUCCCCGGCCCUUCGGGAUCUCUUUGUGUGCUGCUGGCGCUGCUGCUGCUGACGCCUCCCAGGCCCCUGGCCAGCGCUGGUCCUUCCUCGUUCUUCGUGAGAGAGCUGCGUUGCCAGUGUUUAUCCAUCACACCCACGGUUCAUCCCAAAAUGAUCAGUAAUCUGGAGAUGAUCCCUGCAGGCCCGCAGUGCCCCAACGUGGAACUGAUAGCCACCUUGAAGAACGGGAAGGAAGUCUGCCUGGACCCAGAAGCCCCUUUGGUCAAGAAAAUCAUCCAGAAAAUUCUGAGCAGGUACCUGGCACUUUGAUCUUUGCGGUUUUUUAAAUCUGUCUUGGAGUGCAGCCUUUGCAAGAAAGCAGAAAAACUAAGAGCAGGAUCACGCAUGGGAAAAAUUGCCCAGCUGUUCAGCAGAGCAGUUUUCUGGGGAUCUCUGGACGGAAAGAAGACAAAAAUUACAAAGACCUAAUCUCCUGCAUUGAGUUAGGUUUCACCAUGAAUUCCUCACUUUGAGGGAAGGUUGGGAAGAGGCACCUAUGUUUGUGUCUGCAGCUUUCUGUUCAUCUUAUGAAGUAUUUUACAUAGUAUUUACUACUCUGUGUUUGCUGUUACUUUAUCUGCUAUGUAUUGAAAUCAUUGGCAAUUGAUUUAAUAGUGAGUCAAGAAUCAUGGUUUGUUCCUCUUUCAAGGCAAUUAGUUUAUUUCUAGACUAUGUUUCCUAGAAUGUUAUUGAAAAAACUGUGGAUUUAAUAUGUGAAUGAUAUUUCUUUAGACUGCUAUAUAUGAAGUUAAACCAUUACCCCACUCUUCUUAUGAAAUUGUAACUAUUUUAGCAUUGUUUCUUAAGGAAUAUAUUAGAGAAUUUCCUUACUCUUUACCCUGGGAUCCUACUUAAGUUACAUUAUGUUAGAAUGCUAGGCACAUGACACAGUUAUCAGUGCAGAAUAUAUUCCCUUAUUUAGAAUGUCUAAAUAUUUGACUUGCAUAAUUGGGAGUAAUAUAUUCUUUCCUAUAACUUUAGACAUUUGAUGUCUUCUUAGUAUGGCAUAAUGUCAUGACUUACUCAUUAAACUUUGGUUUUUAUAUUGUAUUUAUUAACUAUUUUAUUAGAAGUGCUAUAGUUUUAGUCCCAAAAUAUCUGCUUUGAAUGAAGAAGAUAGGAAAUAAGUAAAUUAAUUAUGGCUAGUUUUUAUAGAAAUACAUUCUUUUAGUUUUUUUAAAGAAUAAAGCAAACUUAGCAUGAUCUGUAUUCUGAAGGUCUUGAAAAUAUAUUUGACUAUCUGAAUGUAAACUCAUCACCUAGUUUUCAAAAAAUACACAACACUGCUAAGAUUUGCAGAUGCUUAUGUUGUAUCUUUUGACCAUUUUGUUAUAAAGAGUUACAGAUUCAUCACAUUUACUAUGUUAAAAUUGUGUCCCAUUGGUUUAUAGCACUUCUUUCAUUCUUUGGAAAAAAUAAAAGAUUUAAAAAAUUUA